AUCCACUCUUCACUCCCAUUCAGACCAAAAAAAAAAAAAAAAAAAAAAAAAAACAAAACAAAAUCAUAAGAAAAUCAAGCCAUGAAAUGCCUAAUGUUCACCAUUUUUAUGCUAGCUCUUCUCUUUGCUGCUGGAACAACUGAAGUAACAGCAAUAAUGGAGUGUAUCAUUCCAGUACCUACCAAGAAUUGCGAAGAUGCUAGCUGCAAAAACUUGUGCCAGGGCAAGUAUGGACCCAGAGCCGGUCAUAUAUGUCAGAGUUGUGCCAGUUGUUUUUGCCUCAUACCCUGUUAAGUGUUUUUCCCAUUUUUCUUCCCCAUAUAAUUGAAUAGAUUGGGGAUUUAUUGGGGUAUGGAUUGUUUGGUUUUUCGGUAUCAGCAUCAUUGUUUGACUAAAUAAAUUAAUCUUAAUGGA